AUGUCCCAGUCCAUCUUGGUUGUCUGUCUUGGCAACAUUUGUCGUUCUCCCAUCGGGGAGGCCGUCUUGAGGCAUGUCGCGAAGGAGCGAGGCGUCGACCUCACCGUGGAUUCCGCAGGUACUGCGCGGUAUCACAUCGGCGAGGAUCCAGAUGACCGUGCUGUAGCUGUAUGCCGCAAGAACAAAGUACCCAUACAGCACAGCGCUCGCCAGGUCACCGCCGAAGACUUCCGCGCAUUCACGCAUAUCCUCGCCGCUGACGAGGCGAAUCUACGUACUCUCCGUCAGAGAAAGCCCCACGAUGCCACGGCUGAGGUACGACUAUGGGGCUCGUACCUCGACCACAAGCAGAUCGACGACCCGUACUAUGGUGGUGCUGAGGGUUUUACAGAGUGCUUCAACCAAUGCCUGCAAUUAUCGCAUGCACUUCUAGACGAAAUCAUCGGCAAGGCCGACCUGCAGCUCGCCUGA